AUGUGGGAACAGGCUGGGGCCAGCUUAUCGGCUUUAGAGCUGAGUCUGUGGAAUCAGGCAGAGAACUUGGAAAGGCCAUGUUGGGGAGCAGGGUCACAGUGGGAUUCUGUCCAGGGUUCUCAGCUGGCCUCUUCAGAGCCUCACCCCUGCCAAGAGGAACUCUACCUUACCCUAACAGCUCUCAUCACGCCCUCUUACCCCUGCCCUACAGAACGGGAGAGGGGCCGGGCCCUGCUCUCUGCCAGGUCCGGAAGCCCCUCUGGCCAGCUGCCCAAUGUGGAUGAGCAGGUGCAGGCCUGGGAAAGCCGACGGCCCCUCAUUCAGGACCUGGCCCGGCGGCUGCUGACAGACGACGAGGUGCUAGCCGUCACUCGACACUGCUCCCGGUAUGUCCAUGAGGGCGGUGUGGAGGACCUGGUGCGCCCCCUGCUGGCCAUCCUGGACAGGCCGGAGAAGCUGCUGCUGCUGCGGGACAUCAGGAGUGUGGUGGCCCCCACGGACCUCGGUCGCUUCGACAGCAUGGUGAUGCCCGUGGAGCUGGAGGCUUUUGAGGCUCUCAAGAGCCGGGCAGUUCGGCCUUCUGCUUUGAGACCAACCAGGCAGGACACGCCACCUAAGCGUCACCUCAUCACCCCUGUGCCUGAUAGCCGUGGAGGCUUCUACUUGCUGCCAGUGAAUGACUGUUCAGAGGAUGACGACGGAGAGAUCAGGGAGAGGCUAGGGGGGCUUAAGGUCUCCCUCAGUGCCUCUGCCCCUGGCCACCACCAUAAAGGAAUCCCCCCUCUACAAGAUGUACCGGUGGAUGCCUUCUCCCCUCGCCGAAGCGCAUGUACACCCCCUCCCCAACCACCUCCUGUGGCUCCCCGGCCUCCCAGGCCUAACUGGCUACUGACAGAACCCCCAAGUAAAGAAAGCACUCAGCAGAACCAGAGUCAGACCCCAGGCCGCAGCCGCAGCCGCAGCCGCAGCCGAGGGCGAGGCAAGUCCCCUGGGCGCAUGCGAUCCCCUUCCCCAGCACCCAUCACUAAUGCCACCACAGCCAAUGGGCGCUACCACAGGCCUCGGAAGGCAAGGCCCUUGCUUCCACGACCUCUGGAUGGGCAGGAGGCCAAGGUGGGAGCUAGGCAAGGGCCCUUGGAGAAUGGCAUUGGUGGGACAACCGAGGAGACGACCUGGAAACCCUCCGCUGGAGAGCUGAGGACAGUCACGCUAUCCAAGAUGAAGCAGUCUUUGGGCAUCAGCAUUUCUGGGGGCAUCGAGUCCAAGGUGCAGCCCAUGGUGAAGAUAGAGAAGAUCUUUCCCGGAGGUGCCGCUUUCCUCUGCGGGGCCCUGCAGGCUGGCUUCGAGCUGGUGGCAGUGGAUGGGGAAAGCCUGGAGCAGGUGACUCACCAGCGAGCUGUGGACACCAUCCGCAGAGCAUACAGAAACAAGGCUCGGGAGCCUAUGGAGCUUGUGGUCAGGGUUCCUGGACCUGGCCUGCUGCCCUCAUCUGCCUCAUUAGCCAUUAAGGACCAGAGCCUUCCUGCUGGCAGUUCCUCUGCCCAUGGACCCCUUGACAAUACCCCCACCCCCACCCCAGAUCCCUCCCCCUGAGGAUAGACAACUACAGCAGGGCCCUCACCCCAGCCCUUAGGGCUCCUCCAAGUGCCCCCAAACUCUCCCCUCUUCUUAUGGGUUCCCAUGACCCUUCCCACUGACUUUAAGGAUUACUGCUGCUCCCCGGUGUCCUGCAAUACCGAGGCCCCUCUGUCCUAUGUGCCUGACAGCUGAGAGCACCAUACUCUGUACACUGGCUGUGACCUACUGCAGGCUGUCUAGAAGUCCCCGGCGUUUUAAGAAAAGCUGGAUGUCCAAGGACAAGGCUCUAGAGGGCAGCCUGCAUCGUGUGCAUCCCCUGGUCCUGGACCGCUUCAGUGAGGGGACAGAGAAAAUCAAGUCUGAAGCCUGUAACUGGUGUGAGCUUCUUCAGGAUGCCCCUGGCUUCCCAUACUCUGAGAGGCGUAAAUUCAGUCUCCUUAAGGAGGUCACUAUGUCCAUCCCCCAGUCUCAAGCAGCAUUCAGUACAAAGGACAGGGUGGAAGGCUUUUCCAAUUCCUCAGGCCUUAGUAAGACUCCUGCUGUGGUCCACUAGGACCUCUGACUGGACUGGAUUAGCCUCCUAUCUCCCUCCCCGCCCCAGUAAGAACUCCAUGAGGUAGGUGAGUAGCCAGCAAGCAGAGGGACAAACGCUCCAGACAGAUGCCAGACAAGGUCGCCUGCAGUUCUUUAUCCAGCAUACUUUUUUUUUUAAAAAACAAACUUUUUUUUUUUUUAAUUUUUUCUUUGGGUUUGUACAAGAAAUUUACAGUGUGAAAAAUAUACAAGUGAAAACGAGGCCAUAAACCUGGUAUUGGGAGGGGCUGCUUGGUCACAAACACAAAUAAACAAGACAUUGCUGAGUU